AUGAAAUAUAAAAAAUUUUUAACAUCAGAAAGUCUAUUUUAGAUGGUGAAAAGUAUGGAUCUCGUUUAACUCAGAUAUUUAGAAAAUAGGAUAAAUAUUGCAUAUUAAUUAAAUAUAGAGUUUGUUGGUUUGUAUAUGGCUUUUUAAGAAAAUUUUCCAUUUUUUGAAAUAUAUUUAGGGACAAAUAUCAAGAAUCAACAUUAAGAUUUCAGCGAGAUGUUGAAAGUAAUUAAGAAAAGGAAAUCUGAAUCUUUUGAUAAUUUGAAGCAAAAUGAAUAAAAAAAUGAAAUAUAUUGCUGUUUAUAAUAACAUACAUAACAUGGGGAUAAUCUUAAAAUAAAAGUAGAAUUGAUUUAGCAAUAUUUGGAAUUUGUUUCUAGUCAAUUUACCCAAUUCAAGUGGAAUAGGAUGGAUGAAAUAAACAAACACCCCUUAUAUAGUUAUUUGAUAGAUGAUAUUGAUUAUGUAACAAAAAGUGAAUUAGUAAUUCCUUCCUUUUGGUUAUAAAUGGACACUUUUUUACUUCCACCAGCUUUAGUUAAUUAAAGCACAUUUUUUGAUUAUAUAAUAAGAGCAGAUACAUAUUAAUAAAGUAAAACGCUCUCUCAAUACAAUAAAAUAUCAAAUUAGAUAGCAAUAUAUUUAUUUGAAAUAAGAGAUCUUCUACAGUAAUUUGCAAAUAAAAAGCUGCAAAUUUAGAUAUUUCCAAGCCUAUUCAAUUUUAAUUUUAUCAGGAAGGAUAAUCAGGAACCUUUUUAUCUUAACAAAAAACAUUUUGAAAUUUUCAUUGUUUAGAAUAGUAGAGUAUAUGCAUAGACAAGAAGUUAGACAAGUUAUUUUGCAGAUUACUUAGAGUAUAACAAUUAGAUUUAAUUAAAGAUUUUUAAUUUUUAUCCUUUUGAUUAAAUAGGUUAAGGAUUGAUUUUAAUUUAGAAUAACAAAUAUAGGGAAGAAAAUACUAAGGAAUUCUAAUAAUAUUGGUCAAAAUUAUAUAAAUAAAAACAUCCUACUUAGGGCGAUGUUGAAAGUUUAUAGAUUUAAGUACUUUCCCUUGAGUAUCUACAUAGUUUAAAUUGUAAGGUAAAUUCUCCUUUUGAAUACAUAUAACAUAUAAUAGAUUAGGAAACAAUGAGAUGUAGAAAAUGCAAAGAAUAAAUAUAUGAUUAUGGUACCCUCUUUUAUGAUUUUUCAUUUUAUUAGUUUUUCCAAUGCUUAAGAGACAUAUUGUUAAGUCCAUAUUAUAUAGAUAUUCCAGGAGUAUAUAUUUGUCCUAUAACAUUGAUGCUACUGGGAGUUAAAAAAAAUUUUAAGAUAAGUUCAUAAAUAUUGAAUGAAAAAGGAGAACAUUUACUUACUCUUUACAAUUAAGCAUUGAAAUUUGAUUUUAGGGAAGAAUAUGAUGAUAAUGAUGAAGAUGAAUAGUUUUAUGAAAUAAUGAAUGGGAUAAGGGAAAAAAAUUUAGAAAAGAUCUUAAAUGAUUUUAAUGAUGAUGAUGAAUAAGAUAAUGAAGAAUAAAAUGAAAAAUGA